AAGAAGAUUUUAGCCUACUUGCAUGAAAAAACAAUAAGACUGUGAUUACAUCCAUUUGAACUUGAGCUGAGAUCCCAUUGCUAUUGGCUGGUCGAGAACAUUCAUCCUUUUAUGGUAAAUGCUCGUAACAUGAGGACAAAGUUCAAAAUUUAACCAAUCCAGGUCCCAUUAUCUUGUAUUACUUCAGUAUUACAGUUUCAUUCAGCAGAGUAGCCUAAAAAAAGGUGUUGUUUCUCAGCUGGCACAUGACUGUGAUAUCAAAGAGAUCUCAAAUUAUUCUGAAGCAGUUGUGAAAGGCACAUCAUCUGUAGCAUAAACUUAACAAAGAAUCCUGAUAGCAUUUCCAAUUCACAUAGGAUUCAAUGUUGUAAUGCCCCAACUUUACCAUUAAAAUUUCUUCCAAGAACAGCAAUUUGCCAAACGUGUUGGUCUACUGUUUAAAAUAGUUAUGCUGUAACAAAAAUCUUGUAAAUAAACUUGUAACACAUUCUGGGUUCAAAAAUCUACUUAAAUAUGUCUCCAGUGGAAAUGGCCUGAGCAGUUCAUAUAAUCAUUACACAAACACAACCUUUGGAACAGUUGCAAAUGGACACCCAGCCCCACCCCUUACUUUCUCAUAUAUUUUCUCGAACUCGUCUCAUUUGUUAGAACAGACCUGUGGAACGUGAAACUGUAAAACUGAUGCAAAUUCAGAAUUCUUCUUUAGUAGGGCAACAUGAAUCUGGAGGACUACUUUGAGAGGAUCGGUUUCAAUGGUCCUUUUGAAAAAGCAGAUCUGGAAACCCUAAAGAAUGUCCACAUGCAGCAUGUCCUCUCAGUCCCUUUUGAGAACCUCAGCGUUCACUGUGGAGAGUGGAUCAGUGCUGACCUGGAGCCUGCCUACACCAAGAUUGUGAAGAACAAUCGCGGGGGGUGGUGCUGUGAAAACAACCAGCUCUUUGCCUGGGCACUGAAAGAGAUGGGCUACACCUACACAACCCUGGGGGCAAGAGUGUUCAACUGUCCCAAAAAUGAAUUCGACCAACCGGAAACCCAUUUAAUUAACAAGGUUCUCAUCGAUGGAAAAGCAUACAUUGCAGACGUGAGCUUUGGGGUUUCGGGUCAAAUACACCACCCCAUGGAACUUGUCUCAGGGAAAGAUCACCCUCAGCUCCCUGGCGUCUUCCGCUUUGUGGAGAAAGGUGGAGUGUGGAUCUUGGAGAAAAGUGGAAGAAAGCCCUUAAUUCCAAACGAGAGCUUUGCCAAUUCGAGUCUCAUAAACAAGCGCUUGACUGCACCAAUAUACUCCUUCACUCUAACACCACGGGACAUUGACCACUUCCGGGAUGCUAUUAAAUUCCUUCAGACCUCACCAGAGUCUCUAUUCACUAACAAGUCUAUCUGCUCCCUGCAGACACCCACUGGAUUUAAGGCACUCAUUGGCUCGACAUAUAGCGAGGUUACCUACGACUACCAGGAAGGGGUUGAUCUUUUUGAUAUGAAGAAUGUAGCUGAUGAUGAAAUAGAUGAAAUAUUAAAGGAAGUAUUUUCCCUGUCAUUAAAGAAUAAACAUACUCCCAAAGACACGAAGCCCUUCUACAAUCAGUAGUCCAAUAACCACAUCUGGUUCCAGCAAAAUGUACUUAUACUGUUACAUAUCAACUCUUAUUUCAAUGGAAGAUUAAUCAUCCACAUGGACAGUUCGUGCACAGAGCUUUGUGUGAGACGUACAAUCACUGGAAAUCUAAGACAGCCUUCCUGCAUUGUGAUUUGUGGACGAGGGCACCUGAACGACCAGCGGACCAGAUUAAGGACUGUUAGAAUAUCCAUGGUGGGGUGAGGUGGGUGGGAGGAAGAUGUGAAGGGUGGGGUAGGGCGCUGGAGAAUGGGAAACUUUUUAGGAGAAAUCAGAAAUAAUGUUAAAUGACAAUUAAUCAUUCAUUAGUUUAGAUUAAUUAUUAGAAAAAUAAGUGAUUUGUUGAUUAAUGAUUAAGCUUUGUUUGAGCUGAAAUAUGUCAUACCGUUUAGUUAUCGAUAUGUGGCAAGUCACGGUAAGGGAGAUCUGCAACAGAUAAAGAACCUGUAAAACAGGAUUAAUUGUAAUGAAAGAGAGGAGACGAUCCUUUCCUUUUCUCAGGUGUUCUUUAUUAAUAUAUAAGCAGAAGACAGUCUCUUCUUACACCAGUCAAUAUUUGCCUGCACAGCCUUUGCUGUAAUAUUGGAUUUGUCAUUAAAAUGAAUAAAAUAAAAAAGCA